UGUAUAUAUAUAUAUAUAUAUAUAUAAUUAUAAUAUUUACGUUUGUGUGUGUGUUUUCCAAAAAUUCAGUGUUUAUUGACGGAUUGUUUUGGUUUAAUAGAAUGUAGGUAUAACACGAUAACUAUUAUCUCCACUGACUGGUUGUUGGGCGUUUUAUAAGCCUUCAUUUUUACUUCGAUUUUCAUAGAGUACAAUAAGAGCUAUAUGAUGGCCGACAGGUAAAAAUAACGCUUAUUUAAAAAAGUUGCCUUACUUAAAUUGUACACUAGUAUAUAUUGGCCCUUAAUCUGUAAUAAAUUCAUAUGUUAUACUAUUUCACUUAUAAAUAUUAAAGUCAUUCACUGAUAAAUCAUUAUAAUUGUUUUUUAUUGACAGAAGUAGAUAAAAUUAUUGUGGUUGCCCCUCCAAAAAAUUCACUUGACCUUUCCCGCCCACCUAAGAAAAAAAUUCUGGCGCCGUGUCUGUAACAAGUAGAUAAAUAUAAUACUAAAAAGAUAACUUAACAAAAAUUACAAAAAAGAAUAAUACUGAAAAAAGUAAUAAUAAAAUAAUACAAAAAAAAUGUACAAAAAUACGAAGGAAGUGUUUAUCGCUGUUUAGUCAACUGUAUGUGUGAUGUUGAUCUCUGGUUGUGAAACUUUCUUGAAGUAUGAUUAUUUAACAUAGCUUCCGGCCAACUAUUAUUUAACAGACAAAGGUAGAACAGUGAACGUAGUAGCCAUCAGCAGUGGCUUCAUGACACCAGCUGGAUUCACGUUGUCAUCGCGGCUUAUUACUUGUCGUCACGUCUUUGGUCUUGCUAGGAUCUAAAAAUAACCAUGUAUGUACUUAGAUUAGAUUAGAAAAUUUUGGCCGAGGAUUGAUAAAAAUGAAUUAUAGCAGCAGCAUAGACGUGUAGACUCUUAGUCGCCGGCCGAUCAUUUUUUAGAACGUUGCCAAAUGUGUAGCUGAUCGACUUGGUUUUCAAUGAUUUGCUCGACACUAUUGCUGUUUCUCCCAUUGGGACUUAUAACACACCCUUGAGUCCGUCUGUGUCGAAUUCUACAAUGAUUUCCUACAAGCGGCUGAUCCUCGUGGAUCUCUUUUUCUUCUUUGAGAAAAUUUUUUGAAUCUUGUUCACAUUAUAUUCAUUGCUACUGUUGUCAUCGAAUCCAGGUCCGCCUUUCGCGUUAGGCAGAUGUAGUUCCGUAAAAUGGAAACACUCUCCAAGCCAUCUGUAUCAUCUAAUUACUGUUUCCUCCGAUAAAUUCACAUUCAGUACUAUUGAAAGGGGCUAUGUAGCUAUAGGCGGCAGUGUCUUUAAAAAUUAUAUAAUAUAUAAAAAAAAAUAUUUGAUUUAUAAUUGUAAUCAACCAACUACAAGCGAAUCACAGCCCGGAUUUUUGGCUCCACUAACUGUAAUUAUGUACAAAAAAACAAUUUAUAAAAAACUGUUAGAUUUAUAAUAUUUUGACCAUCUGGACCAACAAUUAUAUAUUAAUGACUAGCAACCACUCUGUUGUUGAACCUUUUGUCAAAAAAAACAAAUUAGACGAAAAUGAUCGGCGUACGAUUCAGUUAACAUAAUAAAUGGGUUACACGACGUUAUUGUUUCUCGUUUCAUUCUUAUGUACCGGUUCGAUAGAAUCUUCGAAUAUUUUAGUAUUUACACCAUCGCCAUGGAAGAGUCAUAUCGCGGCGUUCCAUCCGUUGUUCUUGGAGUUGGCAAACCGUGGUCACAACUUAACUAUUGUUACAAAAUACCCGACGAAAAAUCCGCCACCAAACUACAAUCAAGUUAUUGUGACGUGUGAAUUUGACUUCAGUAAAGCUUCGCGUUUUCUUAUGCGUGAACGCCCCGUGAGUUAUACGUUUCUAAGCGAACCGUUCAUGCGUUCUACAACUGCUGUCGAAAACACACGAAAGUACUUAUCAGCGUCGGCCGUUCAAAAAUUCAUUAAAGAAGACCAGUCCAAGUUCGAUUUGGUCAUAUUGGAAUCGUUUUUCCAAGAGGCUACGGUAGCUAUGGGCCAUAAGUACGGCGCUCCAGUGGUAAGCAUCGUUCCCGUGUCACCUUGGGCGUCGACUUCCCGAUGGGCUGCCAACCCCUCUGACUUAUCCUACAUCAAAGACUUUGCACUGAACGCCGGCAAAGAGAUGGACUUUUGGGCUCGUCUCGCCAACACGGCCAUAGGCUUGUAUGGUUUCCUGAUCGAACCUAUCACGUACUUGCCUCAAAUGGACAAAAUAAUGAACGAUUGCUUUCAAUACCCCGGAUACGAGCACCGACCAUCGAUGACAGAUAUGUUGAAGAACAUAUCGCUGCACCUGAUCGAUUCCGACGUGAUGAUAUUGAGUCCACGUCCUUAUGUGCCCAGUUUUGUCGAAGUGCCAGGCAUUCAUCUCCGAUCCUAUGAAAAAAUGGACAAAAGGCUUCAAGACUUUAUGGACGAUGCGACGGCGGGCGUUGUGUAUUUCAAUUUCGGCUCCAUUCUGGACGUGUCUUGCAUACCUAACGACUCCUUCGCGACCAUUGUGAACGUCUUGGGCCGUUUGGAACAGAAGAUUGUUUUCAAAUGGAUCAGUAAUGACAGCCGACAAUUCCCGGAUAACUUCUACGUCGACUCCUGGUUACCGCAGAGGGAUAUCCUGAAACAUCCAAAUUGCAAGGUUUUUAUUACUCACGGUGGAGUGCACGGGAUAAUGGAAUCCAUAGACGCCGGAGUGCCGUUAAUUGGAUUUCCCAUUUUCGGUGAUCAAUUUACAAACUUAAAGGCAAGCCAGGACGACGGUUACGGAAUUGUUAACAACCUUUUCAGGCUGACCGAGAAAAAGUUGGAAAAAGACAUCAAUCGUGUGUUGACCGACAAAAAGUUUACAGACAACGCCAAAAGAGUGUCGGCUAUAUUUCUCGAUCGGCCAUUAUCCGCCGUCGACACUGCAGUUUAUUGGGUGGAAUACGUGAUCAGACACAAGGGAGCACAUCACUUGAAAACAGCAGCAGUACACUUGACUUGGUACCAAUACUAUUUGAUCGACGUUUUUGCUUUUAUUGGUUUUGUGGUGAUUUUCUUUACCUAUUUUAUUUACAUUGCCAUCAAGAGUAUCCGGACGUCACUGUUAUGGUUAACCAAGAGCGAAAAACUAAAAAAUACCUAAAAGGUAACACUUCAAUAUGUACGCUUUUUUAUAUAAGCUACGUAGGUGUCGAUGAAAUUGUAAGGGUCGUUAAAAAUUAUUUGUCGUAAAGGAUUUAUCACAAUAUGUGUUGUAUUUUAUUAUUAUAAUUUGUACCCACUUAAAACCAACAUAGUGUAGUAAUGUAAGUAAUAUGUUUAUAAACGCAGCUAUAAGCAUAAUAAAUGAAAUAAAAAUCAAAUCGUACUCGUAUUUAAAAAUAUACAUUUAAAAUAGGUUAUGUAUUAUUGUUACAUUAAUAAUUUGUACAUUUAUAAAUAAUUUUUAUAAAAUAUAUACAUUGUUUUUAAA